AAAGCCAACGUCUCUUUGGUGCAACUCCAGUAAAAAUUUGAAAAAUCAGAUUUGAAGUCAAAAGUGAUUUCGAACAAAUAAGCAAUACAUUUUUCAGUAGUAUUUAAUCGAGUGAAGUGAAAAUUCUAAAUUUUUAGUAAAAAUGCGUCCACUUCCGACAUUAUGGCGUAUGGCUGAGGAAAUGCAGCGUAUGGCUUUCCCACGUCGUUCACCGUUUUCUGCAUUCUACGAUGACUUCUUCAACGCACCAUUUACUCAGUCACCAUGGAGUCGUUUGAGUCGUCUACAACAGGACUUGCAGAACCAGGUUGAACCCAAGUUGGGCAAAGAAGGCUAUCAAGUAUCACUGGAUGUAGCGCAAUUCAAACCUAAUGAAUUAACCGUUAAAGUGGUGGACAACAACGUGGUCGUUGAGGGAAAAUAUGAAGGACGUGAAGAUGAGCAUGGUUUUGUUUCGAAACAUUUCGUACGCAGUUUCAGUUUACCACGUGGAUUUAAGGCCGAGCAAGCCAUUUCAACACUUUCUUCGGAUGGUGUACUAACGGUUAAUGUUCCAAAACCCCCUGGUUUGGAGGAUAACACCGCAGAACGUGUAAUUCCAAUUCAACAAACCGGUCCCGCUCACUUGAAUGUGAAGGAGAAUCCACCAUUGGAGGAUAAGAGUGCUGAUGAUAAGCAGGACAAAAAGUGAACACAAAUUUUCGUUUUAAAUGCUUCGAAAGAAAUACGAUUGUAUAGAGAAAAAGUUGUAGUAUAGACUGUUAUUAGUUAUUUAAAAAUAAAGAAGACUGCAUAAUAUACAUAUGUA